AUGGCCGAGAAUAGUCUCAUUAAUUCAUCAACAGAUUGGAAUUCAAGCGCUACAACACCCUUUCCAGCUUCUAUUCAAAUCAGGAACUUGACCAGUAUACAAGAUCAAGUGGUGAGAGAGUGUGAAAGAUUAUGUGAAAGCCAACAAUCAACCUCUAACAUAUAUUCAAUCCAAUGUAUGAGCUUUGAAGAAAAGAUUUCUUUGCUCAUGAACCAAUUGAAUAAUUUAGAUCAAGAAAAUUGUACAUUGAAACAAGGUAUCCAAAUAGAUAUUUCCACCAAAUUUGAAGAAAAAAUACACCCACUUGCAAAUCAAUUGAAUAAUUUGACUGAAGAAAAUGUUACUUUGAGUAAAGUGAUUCAAGCAGAUGUUCAAACUGUGGAGGGGUUAUGUCAAAGAAUUGAUUAUUUAGAAGGUGUGAAUCACUUUUUUGAAGCUGAAGUUAAAGCCAAAGUUCAAAGUGUGGAUCAAAUCUUAGUAUGCACUGUGCUCACAUUUAUGCUGUUCAGCCGCGUACAAAACUUUGAAUUGUUAUUGUUACUCAUCAUCAAUGCUCUUGCACUGGUACUUUUUAUUGCUUCAAAAAUCAGUGAACUCAUUACUAAAGGUUACUACACAAUUGGGAAGUUAUACAACAACUUUUACUACUUAGUACUAACAACAUCUCUUCUAUUGAUUCUGAACUGA